AUGUCUCAGCUGCCGAGCCGCUGGUCUCGAAAUGAAACUCGAGCCGUCCUGCUUCGUACAUGGCCGCCACCUUUGGUCACCGCUGGAGACCAGCUGCAGAACAGAGAGGGAGCAGAGGAGGACAAUAUCAUCACCACCCUCUGCUCCAACAUCUCCCCCCGCUCCAGCAUCACCACCCUCUGCUCCAACAUCUCCCCCCACUCCAGCAUCACCACCCUCUUCUCUGCCUAUAACUCCUCUCCUGUCUGCUUCCCAGAGAAAAUCUCUAGCAGAGAAAUAUGUGCAAGAUGCUUUUACUGGGAAAAACUAAAUGCAUACAAGUUGUUUUACUUUGACAUUAAUAAAAUUGGUCCUGACAUAGAACUGGAGAGUCAGUCUAUUAACGCAUUUAUGGCUGUCAUCGUGAAGGAUUACAACAGCCAGAACACAGGACAGGCUGCCUUCAUAGACUCAUUUGCGAUGACAGCAAUGUGGCAGGGAAAAAGUCCUAGAUUAAAAAAGAUGAACCAAAUGAAUUAUGAAAUAAUUCUGGGAAUCAACAAUCAACACCACCACUGGACUUUAGUGUUUGCAGAAAAAAUCCUAUCAAAGGAGGUUGUGGAUUUUCCUGUUUCCAAUGAGGCGGUCUACAGCAUGAGGUUGGAAAUUGCUGUGAGACUUAUCCUUAACAGUGAUGACCUAAAAGACUUGUGCCACUUCUGUGGAGAGAUGGAAAGUGACUCAGAUGUGAACUGGAUCCAGUGUGACUUGUGCCUGAGGCAUGCUGAUGUGCAGGCCCUCAGCUUGCACUUCUUCCAAAGCACAAAGCCUUCAGGUGUCCUCAGCAGCCGUCUCGGCCUCCUCCUGAGGAAGACCACUUUUAGAGCUGAGCCCCUGAAAGCACUGCGAGUGGCUCUGGUGGUCCUGUUUGAGCCUGUGGACCAACAGACGCUGACACUGAGAGGCAGAAGGGAAACGAAUGUACUCACAGAGGAAGAAGAGGCAGAGCAGAGUGUGAUGGACGCUCAUGUUGGGGCUCUGCUGUUUGGCUGCUGCCUCUCUUCCCUCUUCACUCCUCUAAGCGAAGGAGCUCCUCCUCCAAAGAGGGCCAACGGCGCUCCUCCCCUCCAGCAGCCUGCAGGGGGCUGCAGACUCUUUCUGGAUCCCUUUCUGGUCCCACUGCUCAGCACAUUUGCUGUUAGGGGCUAA